UAGUCACCUAGUGUCGAUACCCUCAGAUCUGCUGCAUUCUCAGGUGUUACAAGAUGAAGACUUGGCUGUUGGUGUCGGUGCUGUGUCUAGCUGCCGUGGCGUACGGCCGGAGAUAUCAGUAUGAACACGAAGACCUGGACGAUGAAAUGAUGGGAGAUGAAGGGAAAUCUGGCCCUGGUAUCUUACAAAACUGGGACGCAGACUGCGCCAAAAUGAUUAACAACUUGAUUCACACUGAGAUCGAGACCACAUUUCAGUACAUCGCCAUUGCCACAUUCUUCCGGCGUCACGAUGUCGACAUUAUCGGCAUGUCUUUGAUGUUCAACGCCUGGGCGAGAAUGAAGAUUAACCUGGCUAAGGACAUGAUGAUGUACUUGGUGAAACGAGGGGCAGGUGUCGAGUUCAAAGAUGUGAAGAAACCCAGUGAGACGCAGUGGGCGGACCCGGGUGCAGCUCUGUCGGUGGCACUUCGUACUGAGAAGGGAAUCGCAGAUAAAGUGAACGAAUUGGCCAAACAUGCAGCCAAUCACAACGACUAUCAUCUUCUCGGAUACAUUGAAGAGAAACUCACCAAUACUCAGGCUGACAACGUCUUUGAGGUCGCUGCACUCAUCAAUAAACUCAGCAGGGGAGGUAACAAGUUCGGUCUGAUGAGCAUCAAUCAACAGAUGGUGAAAAAGUACAAAGACUACGUUGACUGCGAAAGUGACACCGAGAAGUACAAGUGGAACUAUUAGACAACUGUGACCACAUGAUAUUUUCUCAACUGCGUUGAUCCUUAGAUAUGUUGUAAAAUACUUUCUCAUUUUGCCUUGCCCUGAAUAAAGAUUUUUUUUAAA